AUGUACAUAAUCACAUUGUCGGGAAACCUUCUACUGAUCACUGUGGUGAGGAUCAACCAAAAGCUACAGACCCCAAUGUACUUUUUCCUAAGCAACCUCUCCUUUAUCGACAUUGGUUUCUCAUCCACUAUUGUUCCCAAAAUUCUCGUAAACACUCUGGUCAAGGACAGAAGCAUCUCCUUGUUGGGAUGUGCAAUGCAAAUGUUUUUUCAUUUGGGUUUAGGAGGAACAGAGUGUGUUAUUUUAGCCGUCAUGGCAUACGACAGGUUUGCUGCCAUCUGCAGACCUUUGCACUACAACACCAUCAUGAAUAAAAUGUUGUGUGCCAGUUUAGUUGUAGGGUCAUGGAGUAUUUGCUUCCUAAACUCUGCCAUCCAUGUUGCCCUCACCUUUCAACUGCCCUUCUGCAAGUCCCACCAUGUCAAUCACUUCUUCUGUGAGGUUCCACCUUUUCUUCGAAUGUCCUGCCGAGAUACUUCACUUAAUGAGAUAGGCAUGUACAUCUCCGCAGGAAUCCUUGGAUUGUUUGCCUUCUGCUUGACUCUUAUCUCAUAUGUCCACAUCAUUUCCACCAUCCUGAAGAUCCGUUCCUCACAAGGAAGACGUAAAGUUUUCUCCACAUGUGGUUCCCACCUGACUGUUGUGGGUCUGUACUAUGGGACCCUCCUUUUUAUGUAUCUGAGACCCCGCUCUAUAAAAACUCCUGAAUUAGACAAAUCUCUGUCCAUAGUAUAUACAGUAGUGACACCCAUGCUGAACCCCCUGGUCUACAGUAUAAGGAAUGAGGAUGUCAAAAACACUGUUAAAAGAACACACAUAAGAAUUUUAAAAAAUAUGUAA